AUGAGCAUGGUAAAGAGCCUAGAGCGGCUGGAGCAGCGGCGGGCUGUGAUGGUGGCUGCCCAGGAGACUUCUCAGGCCUGGUCUUCACUGGGAGAGGAGGGGCCGGCGACCAUGAAACAGGACAAGAGCCACGGCCGGGACGAGGCGGACUGCAGGGCAGAGCUGAUCCUCAUCAACGGGGACUGCACCGAUCCUGCUAACGACACACCCACCCUUGUUCUGGAGGCGAAUGGGAAGCCCAGCGCUCCAGAUGCCGGGGGCCUGGGGCUGCCAUCCCUGAAGAACAACAAGAGGGUGAGCAAGGGAGACCUCUCCAAGGAGGACCUGUCCUGGCCGCUUGCUCUCGCAGGGGCACAGGAGGUGCGGCCCCGGGGCAGCGCCGGUUGGGAGAGCAGCCUCAGGCAGAAGCCCCCCGUCCGCCUCAUCUUCCAGGCAGGGCAGACCCGGCAUGAGAUGAAGAUCAAGGAAACGAACAGCGUGGAGACUCUCAGGGACCUGCCAGCUCCCCUGCGGAGCUCCAAGCGGCGCCUGGCUACGUCCAUCCCCGUGACCACCAUCGACCUGACGGAGGAGGACUCCCAGGACUCAUCCCGGAGCAGCAGCACGCUCUCCGGCAGCAGCUCCCAGGAGGGCCAGAACGGCUCUGCCGAGCUGGGGACCGAGGAGCCGGAGAGCAGAGAUGCAGGGAUGGUGCUGGAGUACCAGGAUGGGAAGGAAUUUGGAAUUGGGGAGCUUGUCUGGGGCAAGAUCAAAGGUUUCUCCUGGUGGCCUGCAAUCGUUGUCUCCUACAGAGCCACGGCCAAGCGCCAGGCUGUCUCAGGCAUGCGGUGGGUGCAGUGGUUCGGAGACGGGAAGUUCUCCGAGGUUUCUGCAGACAAGCUGGUGGGACUGAUGGCCUUUCGGCAGCAUUUCAAUUCUUCCACAUUUAAUAAGCUGGUCUCCUACCGACGAGCGAUAUACCAUGCCCUGGAGGUUGUCCGGAGCCGGUCAGGGAAGACAUUUGCAGCCACCCCUGGAGAGUCCCUGGAGGAGCAGCUGAAGCCCAUGAUCGACUGGGCGCUUACCGGCUUCAAACCCUUGGGCUUCAAGGGGCUGCGACCGCCCAAAGCCUCAGAGAAUGGUGCGCUGAGGAACGGGACGGAGGAGGUGCUGUCCCUCGAGCAGUGCCCCCCCACCAAGAGGCUGAAGACCAACCUCUGCAACAACAGCAAGGAGCAGCGAGUGGAAGAGGAUCAGACCCGAGAGCAAAUGGUUUCCGAAGUUACGAACAACAGUGGGAGUCUCGAAGACAGCUGUUUGUCCUGCGGGAGGAGAAACCCAGCCACCUUCCACCCGCUGUUCGAGGGGGGCCUCUGCCAGACGUGCAGGGAUAGAUUCCUGGAGCUCUUCUACAUGUACGAUGAAGAUGGCUACCAGUCCUACUGCACCGUCUGCUGUGAAGGCAAGGAGCUGCUGCUCUGCAGCAAUGCCAGCUGCUGCAGGUGCUUCUGCGUGGAGUGUCUGGAGGUGCUGGUGGGGCGAGGGACGUCGGCCAGGGCAAAAGAGCAGGAGCCCUGGAACUGCUACAUGUGCCAGCCCCAGAGGAGCUACGGGGUGCUGCAGCGCCGGCAGGACUGGAACACCCGCCUGCAGGACUUCUUCACCAGCGACAAGGGACAGGAAUACGCUGCACCCAAAAUCUACCCAACGGUCCCACUAGCGAAGAGGAGACCUAUUCGAGUGCUCUCUUUAUUUGAUGGCAUAGCAACAGGGUACCUGGUGCUGAAGGACUUGGGCAUCCAAGUGGAGAAAUACAUCGCCUCAGAGAUCUGCGAAGACCCCAUUGCUGUGGGCACCAUGCGGCACGAGGGCAACAUCACCUACGUGCACGAUGUCAGGAACAUAACCAAGAGAAACAUCGAGGAGUGGGGUCCCUUUGACCUGGUGAUCGGUGGAAGCCCCUGUAACGACCUCUCCCUUGUCAAUCCGGCCAGGAAGGGGCUGUAUGGUAAGGCUGCUUUGCCUCUGCAGGGCUGGGGAAGUGGUUCAGCCCCAGUCUGCGUUGGUGGUGGCUCUCCUCUGAGCUGCAAACCAUGGAGUGGCACCUGCAAAGCACAGGCUGUCUCCAUGCCAGUCGCGGUGGGGAGGGCAGCCAGGCCCCCCGGACCCGUGCUCCCGUGCCGCAGCUGGUCCCAACGUGCCGCUCCAUCUUUCUCCCUUGUAGAAGGAACCGGGAGGCUGUUCUUUGAGUUUUACCACCUGCUCAACUACGCCCGUCCCAAGGCGGGAGAGGAGCGCCCCUUCUUCUGGAUGUUCGAGAACAUGGUGGCCAUGAGGGUCAAUGACAAGAGGGACAUUUCUCGGUUUCUGGAGUGUAACCCGGUUAUGAUUGAUGCUAUCAAGAUAUCAGCUGCCCACCGAGCACGCUAUUUCUGGGGCAACCUUCCGGGGAUGAACAGUAUCUUUGGCUCCCCCCUCCACUACACAGAUGUCUCCAACAUCGGCCGUGGGGCUCGCCAGAAGCUGCUGGGGCGAUCGUGGAGCGUCCCCGUCAUCCGGCACCUCUUUUCCCCGCUCAAGGAUUACUUUGCCUGUGAAUAG